AUGUUGCUUUCAUUCUACCAAGAGAACUCACGAAGACGUUCCACACCUACCAAGAGAACUGACGAAGACAGCGGCAAUCAUUUUUGUUUCAGAUUUGUUUUGGUCUUUACGGGACUGGCUUUAAGUGUCUUUUCUACAAUAGAAGAAUAUGAGAAACAAGCUGGUGACGUUCUUGUAUAUAUGGAAUCCAUUGUUUGUACCAUUUUUUUUGUUGAGCUUAUUUUAAGAACAUGGUCCUCUGGGUGCCGGUCGCGAUACCAAGGCCUUAUAGGCAGGCUUAAAUUUUUAAGGAGACCUUUUUGCGUUAUCGAUAUUAUAACAAUCGGAGCAUCGAUUGUAGUAUUAGCUUUAACUAUGAAGUCUGGGGGCCAGGUACUCGCGGCAAGUGCCUUGAGAGGUUUAAGGUUUUUUCAAAUCCUGAGGAUGGUUCGCAUGGACAGAAGAGGUGGAACCUGGAAACUCUUGGGUUCGGUUGUUUAUGCACAUCGACAGGAAUUAAUGACCACAUUGUACAUAGGAUUUUUAGGAUUAAUAUUCGCUUCAUUUCUUGUGUUCUUAGCAGAAAAAGACGUACCUCAUACUAAGUUUAAUAAUUUUGCUCAAGCCCUGUGGUGGGGAGUGAUAACGCUUUGUACAGUAGGAUAUGGAGAUAUGGUGCCAUACACUUGGCAAGGAAAAAUCAUCGCAUCGUUUUGUUCUUUAUUGGGAAUAUCUUUUUUUGCUCUACCAGCCGGAAUAUUGGGUUCUGGUUUUGCUUUAAAAGUACAGCAACAACAGAGGCAAAAGCACAUGAUAAGGAGAAGACAACCAGCAGCAACCUUGAUCCAAGCUUUAUGGCGUUGCUACGCGGCAGAUGAGAAAUCAAUGUCAGAGGCUACGUGGAAAAUCCAUCAAGUCCCAUAUAGUCCUCCAGCGAGGUCAACCAGUUUUCGUCAUAAUGCAUCAUUCGUUGGAAGAUUGUCUACUAUUCGCAGAUACAGAAGUCAAGGAGGUUCCAGCGUGCAAUCUCCAGCACUGGCAGCACAAAAGAUCCUUGCCAGAUCUAACUCUUCUUCAGAAUAUGCUGGUAACAAUAGUGCAACCAACAGGGCUAAUUUAAAUGCAAUUAGCUAUGUCGAGGAACCGGCUGAAACCCGCGUUAACGUCGAUAACCAGGAUGAUGAUGACGAAGAACCUCAGCUUCUACAACUAACAAAUCAACACAAAGGAGCAAUCAGGGCAAUCCGCAAACUAAAAUACUUUGUGGCAAGGCGGAAAUUUCGAGAAGCAUUAAAGCCCUAUGAUGUCAAAGACGUUAUUGAACAAUAUUCUUCAGGGCAUGCUGAUUUAUUAAACAGGGUUAAAAACCUUCAGUACAGAUUGGAUCAAAUCCUCGGAAAACAAGGCUCCAAGAACAAGGAUGUCUAUGCUUCAAAAAUCUGCCUCGCAUCUAGAGUGGUAAAGGUAGAACGACAGGUUGAUGAUAUCUAUACUAAGAUUGAACAAUUCUUCGAACUCUACAUGGAAGAUCGUAAACACUUCCUUCAUGUUAAGCCUACUGGAGAUAUUGAUCUUACUGCUGUUCCUGUCGCACCAGAGAAGGGUAAAAAGUGGGCAUCAAACGUAAAACCAAAAUCGAUCCUGGUUGAGAAACAGCCAUCUGAUCCAAACCUCCCCAACAUCCGAGAUAUGGGAGGAAGCCUCACUUCUGUGCUGCGCCGGCCUGGUUUACAAAGAGGCUUCUCAGAUAGCGGGACUAGAAUUAAGAAAAGAGUUACACUCAGCUCUCCAUAUUCAUAUCCAGACACUUGUUAUUCCUCUCCAACAAGUCCAGAGGAGGAUAGCGAUAUUGUAACCCUUGUAGUGCCGCAAAUUGAGAAUAGGAAUAAAUCUCUCCUUACUGUGCCACUUGUGGAACCAUCUCGAAGUACACAGAGCUUGUCUAUUGUAAUUGAACCCACACCAUCCAGAAUAGCUGCUGGUGAACCAAUACCAUUGAUAGAUUCUGCAGAAGAAAUUGAUAUGAAAGAUUCGGAAGCUGAAACGUCUAAAGUAGAAAAUGAAACAGAAGAAGAAACCGAGGACAACGAAGAAGAGGAAGCUAACGAAACAACGUUAUUAUGCCCAAGCAGUUCUGCACAAAAUGAAAUCAUAAUAACCCCAAGUACUUUAAAUUGUACAUCAACGUUGGAUGUGGUAACUGAGGAUAUUUAUAUGACUAAUUUCAAAGGAUCCCAUGAUAGCAAAAAGUAUAGAGAUUAUCAAUGAAGAGAUUUAAUUUAAAUAGUGUGACAAAUAAAUACAACGAGGUAUUUCACUAACUGCGCCAAAUAAACGUUCGUUAAGAGUUCAGUUCAGAAAUAUGUAACAAGUAAUAGUGACCAUCAUACUUAAUUAUAAUAUUUAUACACACAUAAAAUGGAGAAUAUAUACCUCUGGCUACUGUAACAUUUGUUCCUUUCAUAAGGACUUAUUUUUUACUCAUUGAUUUUCCGUAUUUUGCUGAUUAAAUCUUCGCUCCAUCGCGUUAUAAUAAUGUAAAACGAAACCUCGUUCUGAAUUUUGAAAUUGCUUUCUGUGUAAUUUAGUAGAUGAAAUUUUACCCGUUGCUUUAUAAACUUUAUUGAAAUUUUUCUCGGUAAAUCACUUUUACCUCCACAUUUCAAAACUAAUUUAUUGCAUACAUUGUAAAUGAAAUUUGUGGCCAAAUGUAUGUCGUUCAAUACAUGCAAAGAACCUGAUUUUUUUGCAAAAACGCUAUUUGUUACAUAUUACCAACUACAAUGUUGGACUGAUAAAGACCCAACGAAAAUAUUUAUUAACGAUUUUUUAAAUUAGUUUUGUUAACUGUUUUUUUUGCAGCUUUUAUCAAAUUAAGGGUUAAAUUAAAAGCUAAAGUAAAAAAUGUUUUUAUUUAACAUAUCCACUAAAGAAGAAUCUAAAAGAACGAAAUGCGGCGAUCAAAUAAUACUACUAAAUCAUCAUCUUUUGACGGUGUGUGCAAUAUGAUACAAAGGGGUGAAAAACUCCUAUAAGUGUUUAAUCGGGUCAAAUAAUGUUAUUUUAUUUGUAUCAAUUAAAUUUUGGUCUUUUAAAUUCUUGGUGGUGAUUUUGAAUAAAAAUAUGCAGUUCAAGGCGCUAUAAUUGAAACUGAAAGUGGUUUUGAAAGUGGUUUUGAAGAAAAUCAACCUGUAAACUAUUUGGCAUCAAGUAAGUUUUGAGUAUUUAAUGAUAAUUAUUUUUAUGUACGCGCUUUAGUUCUCAAUUACUUUACAAAGUAUCCAGACAAAUGGCAAAGAAAAAUAUUCUGUUUAAAAACGAAUGAAAUACGGGUCUUAAUAAAAAAGAACUUAAGUAAAAUAAUGCAUUUUAUUAGAAAAAAUAGAGAUCAAGAUGCAACGAAUUUUUUUAAAUAAGAAGCUAUAGUAUGUAAGGCAUUUACUCCCCACCACCUGUAUUUUAAGCAUUUCAAAUUAUGUAAAAUCCAAUUAGGUAUAAGUUGAUAAAAUCUCAUAAUUAUUCAGUGGUAAAGAACUAGGAAAAAUUGCUUUUUUAACAUUUAUUUAGGGGUUGUAGGAAUAAACCCUUCAAAAUGUAUGCUGACAAAAAGGUGCAAAUUUUGGUUAUAAAUGUAGAUUUUUAUUAAAUUCCCAUAUUUUCAGUUUUUAUUCAUUGUAUAUAAAGUUCAUUAAAUUUGAAGCAACAUUUAUUAAUGACCUUUAAUAGGAGAUUAAUAGGGUUCGCUUUAAAUAUUGCAACCAUAAUGUCUUUCAUAUUUUGUUUUUACUAUAAUAAAACUCAUAGUAAUAUUUACUUUGAUUUCAUUAAUCUUUUAUCGAAUGGCCAUUAAAAUAUCUAUAAUUAAUCUACUUAAAAUAAGUAACAAUUUUCGUUGAAAAAUGGUAAAUUUGAUAAAACAUUAAAAACUUUUUUAAAUACAUAUAAAGUAGAUUUUCAUCGUAGCUAAUAAUAAUUGCAUUUUCUACAAUCUCAGAUUUUGCGAAAAAUUCACGUCAAAAUAUUGUGAUAGCUUAGAUCGGCAUUUUAUAGGUAAAUAUCCAAGCCCAUUAUUCAUACAAAAAAACCAAUAUGCUAUGUAUAUAAAUAAAACAUAUACCUGUAUAUAAGAAUAUAGGAAAAUUUUAAAUUCUUAAAUUUUCUUAAUACAGGUACUAUUAUUCCCAUUAGUACCUUUACACUACGCACGCUUGCCUAAAGCCAUUUGAGAUUGUAUAGAAAAAAAAAGAAAUUCUAAAUGCUAGAAACAAUUGUAGGAUAUAAGAACUGAAAAUCCUAGGGCACAAGUUAUAUUACGCUUAUUGACUUUAGUGUUAAAAUGGUUAAUUGGGAGUGCCUAAGAAUAGUGAGUGUAAAAAAGAAUUUUAGGUAAAUUUAAGGCUUAGCAAUUAUGUAAUUUGUUUAUUUAAGAGCAGGCUGAAUUUUCAGCAACAGGCAUAGAACAGUAUUGAAGUAAACCUAAAAGUACAAAAUAAUACAGUUUUUGACAAACCGAUUACGUAGCGGGAUAGACAGGUAUAGGACAUUUAACUAUCUUGACGUUAAAGAGAUGAGUUUCUAAAUAAAUGUUAUUAUUAAUUUAUACCCGUCAAGAAUUUAUUAUACAUUAAAUGAUGUGUAUUUAUUUAUGGCUUUGUUAAAUAAAAACACACGUGGACAGGUUUUAACGCCCUAUACCACAUAUAAUAAAUCAAUAUACGCUGUAAUUUAGAGUUUGAUGCACAACAAGCAACGCGCGCAUUUUAUUAAAAAUAACAAAAAAUAAAACAUUUUAUAAUAAUGUAUAUCUUUUGUUCUCAAGAUAAAAAAUUAAUGUUGAUAAUUUAUUUUGCUGCUCUUUGAUAAAAAAAAAACACAGAUGCGCUGUAUGACAUAAGUAAUCAUUUUAUUAGAGAAAAGUUAUAUAAAGUAUUAAAAAUUAUUAAUUUUUAAUUAUAUUGCCUGUGAUGAACAUAUUUCUAAUUAUUAUUUCUAAGUACUAAAAUAUACGAUGAUUUUGUUUUAGACGUAGUAAAAAGUUAAUAGUUCUUUCGAUGUUAUUGUUGGGUUAAGUUUGCUACACAGAUAAAUAUAUAUUAAAUGUAACUAUAUUUAAAUUAUAUAUAAGCUUUUUUUUAA